AAUAACUUGCAGUAAACUUUUUUUCUACUAGGUAGGGGCCUACGAUAGAGGCAUUGGGCAGCAGCAAUUAAUGUUCUUUUUUUGUUCUGUCUGCGCGCAAUGGUCGUUCUUCACUGAAGCGUCACUGAAGAAGACUACCAAAUCUCUCUCUCUCUCAACAAAAAAAAAAAAAAAAAAACACGGUGCACCACUGUGUCUUUAGGCAGACGCAGAAAGUUUACUUUUGCAGGCCUGCAAUUAGUUUUCAGUUUGUUUUCAGUCAAUUCUGUUUAAUCUUUGCCCCUUCCUCGGUCAAUUUAAGCGGUGGACGGUAUCGUCUCUGAUUUAGCGUUUUGUACAGGUGGUCUGUCAGUAGUCGUUCAUUUUGAUAGAGAAGCAUGGAGCCCGGGUGUGUAGGUGAAAAUGACGGUCUGACAUUUUGGCUGGCCAAACCUGAGGAUUACGCGGAUGUCAUGUCCAUAUCCAUGGACAUAUACGGGGGCAACGACUACCUCCCACACCGAUAUCAUGAGUGGAUGACCGAGCCGGACCGUGUGGUACUGUUGGCCCGGAGAACAGGCAAGCUGGUUGCUUUGGAGUCUGGGGUGCUGGUGGAUGGUGGCCGUACAGUGGUGGUGGAGGGCUUACGAGUAUGUCCCACUGAGAGGGGACGCGGAGUGGCCGGGACCAUCCAGGGGUUUGCUGACAGCUACUUGAAGAAGCUCUAUCCCAGCAUCCAGGUUAAGCGGAUGACCAGAGGAGAUGACCCAGGACCAGAAAAGCUGUCAAAGUUUAAACUGCUGGCACGGAGGGCUGUUUUGUCCUUACUUGGUGAGGCGGAGGACUUUGAUGGCUUUACCGAGGCCCUGAAGGCCAGGUUGAUGUCGGAGAACGCAGGUGGAGGAGCAGUACACCUGCCCCUGCAGACGGAGGAUAAGCAGCUGAGGACUAUCUUACUGCAGCCAGACCUCGCCCAGAGACUCCAGCUCCCUGGCGGCUCCAUCAUCCAGGACUGGCAGCCCCUGGAGCCAAUAGAAAGCAACCUGGCCGUGCUGAGGAGACGGAACCUCACGUGGUUUGUUGCUGCCGGUAGCGGUGGGUCACCUGACAACAACAGACCGGCCUUCCUGAGUUUCUACACGCCCCCGUACCCAGUGCCGUACGGCUUUCGUCUCAACAUCGACUUGUACGGUACGGACCCAAGCCUGGCGCGUGGGGCACUGGUGGCCAACCUGGAUAGGGUCAGGGCGCAGUUGAGGGGUAAAGUGGCUAUGCACUUGUACAUGCACCAAGCUGUGGCGGAGAGCCUCAAGGAGUUCUGCCAGACGCAGUCGAGCGUGCAGUGGGGGCAGUGGAGGAGCAUCUGGGAGCAGCUGUUUCUGGAAAGAGAUUUUUAACAAGUGGUCGGAAGAGAGAAAGAACAUUUCAUUUGUGCCUUGUGUCUGAGAGAGAGAGAGAGAGAGAGAGAGAGAGAGAGAGAGAGAGAGAGAGAGAGAGAGAGAGAGAGAGAGAGAAAAGAGAGAGAGGAGAAGGUUGGGGGGAGAGGAGGGGGGUUGAAAAGCACCAAAUGAAUGUAAUGUUAAAAAAAGUUCCAAGUGAUAUAAAGUUCCACUCUGGUGGAAAUAAACUGC